ACCCCGCCCGCCCCGCCCGGUCCCGCCGCCGCUCCCCGCUCCGCUCCGGUACCGGCUCUGCUCCCCGCUCCCGCCAUGAGCAGCUCCCAGUUCAACAAGGGCCCGUCCUACGGCCUCUCCGCCGAGGUCAAAAACCGGCUCGCCCAGAAGUACGACCCGCAGAAGGAGGCCGAGCUGCGGACGUGGAUCGAGAGCGUCACGGGGCAGCAGAUCGGGCCCGAUUUCCAGAAGGGGCUGAAGGAUGGGGUGAUCCUCUGCGAGCUCAUGAACAAGCUGCAGCCCAACUCGGUGAGGAAGAUCAACCGCUCGGCUCAGAACUGGCACCAGCUCGAGAACCUCUCCAACUUCAUCAAGGCCAUGGCCAGCUACGGCAUGAACCCCGUGGACCUCUUCGAAGCCAACGACCUCUUUGAGAGCGGGAAUCUGACGCAGGUGCAGGUGUCGCUGCUGGCGCUGGCGGGCAUGGCCAAGACGAAGGGGAUGCAGAGCGGCGUGGACAUCGGUGUGAAGUACUCAGAGAAGCAGCAGAGGAACUUCGAUGAGGCCAAGAUGAAGGCUGGGCAGUGCGUGAUCGGGCUGCAGAUGGGCACAAACAAGUGUGCCAGCCAGUCCGGCAUGACGGCCUACGGCACCAGGAGGCACCUCUACGACCCCAAGAACCAGAUCCUGCCGCCCAUGGACCACUCCACCAUCAGUCUCCAAAUGGGCACCAACAAGUGUGCCAGCCAGGUGGGCAUGACGGCUCCCGGCACCAGGAGGCACAUCUAUGACGCCAAAACAGGGACGGAGAAGUGCGACAACUCCUCCAUGUCGCUGCAGAUGGGCUCCAACCAGGGCGCCAACCAGAGCGGCCAGGUCUUCGGCCUCGGCCGCCAGAUCUACGACCCCAAGUACUGCCCGCAGGGCAGCCAGGGUGAGGUGGCCAACGCUGCCGGCGACCAGAGCGGGGACCCCUGCGGCUACCACUACUACUGCGAGGAGGAGGAGAGCUACUGAGCGGGAUGUUGCCCAGCCCCGUCUCACCAUCUCAUGUACAGACCCUUCUGCCAGCGACAUUCCAGCCCCUACUUUCAUCAUUCCCUCUUUUUAAACUCUUUUUUUUCUAAUUUUGAAAUUAAUCUAUUUUUCUGAGCAAGGAAAUAAAGACCCCGUUUCUAGA